AUGAUACGGUUUAAAUUGCCGCAAUUUAUAUCUUUGAUAUCAUUAUUAUUAUUGGUAGUCUUGGUACUUGUGGUGAAUGGCGCACCACCAACCAUCAAUAUGGCAGCCAAUGUGUUUAUCGGAUACAAAGGUGCUGUUAAGGUUUACACUGUUACUGCCGACACUGUAUCAGUGUACUCUGUCAUUGUUUCAAACCCUCCCAUUUCUCAUCCUCCCGUCGAUUUAGUUCCUCCCGUUGCUAGUGGAUCACAACUAACGAUCACAUUCCCAGCACUGCCUGGUGAUAUACCUGCACCUGGUACUAUAGAUGCUACUCUAAUCAUUUUCAAUGCUGCUGCUGAGAAAACAACUAUUGCAUUUAAAUAUUAUGCACCAAAGAUUACUACAAUAUCACCAACUGGUGGAUUCAAAAGUGGAGGUACUAUCAUAACGAUCACAGGAUAUAAUCUCUACUUUGCAGGACUACUCACAACUAUUACUCUUGGUGGUGUUCCAUGUACCGUCGUUAAUGUUCCUACUGCUGCAUCAAUUCAAUGUACUACACCUUCUUUAAUUGGUAUAUCUUCAACAUUUGUUAAAUUACACUUGGAGGUUGAUGGUCUUCCUGCUACCACUGCAGCUCCUGAAUUUCUAAAUUAUGAUUUAAUGGAACCUCAAAUAGAAGAUUUUGAACCAAAAUUUGGAAAGGCUAUAGGAGGUGACUUGUUGAUGAUUACACUCAAUGAUAAUCCUGAUCCCCUUCCACUACUUCCAACAUCUAUUAUGAUUGGUACUGCUCAAUGUACUAGUAUAAAUAGACCCUCUCGACUGGUACUCACUUGUCUAACACCCACCAUUUCAGACCCAUCCCAACUAUCAUUCAAAAUCACAAUCAACUUUAACACAUUUGUAAUUACAUCUUCAUCAACUUUUAAUUAUCUUUAUCCAACAAUCACAUCAAUUCAACCUGAAAGUGGAUGGGCAGGAGGAGGAAAAGAUAUUAUAUUUAGUGGUGACAAUUUAUUUGCAGCAACCUCUAUCAUUGCCAAUAUUGGAGAUGAACUAUGUACCGGAUGUACUGUCAUCACUGAUAAUACUGUUAUUCCAGUAUCUUACAAGAUUAAGUGUACUACUCCCGUUCGUAUUGCUCCAUACAAUCUUGUAUUAUCAAAGAUUGUAACACUCAAACUCAACAAUCUUGAAGUAUUAUACCCUCCAACUCCUUUGAAAUAUACUUUUAUUCAACAUUCAAUCAAAAAGAUAACACCAGAAAGAGGAUCACCCGGUAGUACAAUAACAAUAACAGGAACCAAUAUUAAAGAUGGAGUUGUUAAAAUCAAUAGUUUAUUAUGUCCAACAACUGCCUAUGUUGCUUUAGCGUACACUGACGAGAUCAAAUGUACCGUUCCAACACUAUUUGGAGUAAAUGAUGUUGAUGUCAAUGUUGUUAUCUUUGUUGAUAAUAACCCUUCAAUUCUUUCAUUACCUUUUGGUGUAACAACCCUUCCUAAAUUCAGAUAUUAUAAACCAAUCAUUUCAAAUACAGAACCUUUACUAUCAUACACCAAAGGAACAUUUGUAGUGACUAUUCAAGGACAAGCUUUCUAUGAUAUCACUCAAGUCAAAUAUGGUGAUACUGUACUUGACUCAACCAAAUUCAAUGUGAUUGAUAACAACAAAAUCUAUCUUCAUGUGUUUAAUGACCUUCCAACAAUAGCUCAUCUUCCAAUAACCCUCACUACAACAUUUGGUGAUUAUUCAAAAGUUGGUUUUGGUGUUCAAUUUGUAGAACCUUCCAUUUUGACAAUGGAUACUACAAGAGGAAUAGCAUCAGGAGGUACAAUAGUAAAUAUUCAGUUGGAUGGAGUUGUUGAAGGAAGUUCAUUUGAAAUUAAAAUAGGUGAUAGAUUAUGUCAACCAACUAUGGUUGCACCUGCACCUGUAUUUGGAUCGAUUCAAUGUAUCAUUCCACCUUCAAAGUUUGAAGAACCUGAACUCGAUGGAACAGUCAGUGAAGAUAUUUCUAUUAUUGUCGGUUUAUUGGGUUCAACAUUGCCAUUAACCUCAUCACCAUCUUCACAAACCUACACCACCACUUUAAAAUACACCUAUGAAGGACCAUUGAUUAAUAACAUCACACCUGCCAAGUUAUCAAAGAGUGGUGGUCAAGUUACGAUUCAUGGUACCAAUCUAGUCAAUCCCACCAAAGUUACAAUUGGCACUGACAAUUGUAUGAUCAGUACCACACCGACUCCACCAACUCCAACACUAAUCAUUUGUACUCUACCACCAACCUUUUUAUCAGGUUUACUAAAUACCAAUGUUAUGCUUUCAUCUGGUCUUUUAGCAAAUAAGAUACAAAUUAAUAUCGAUGCAAAUUUACCAACCAUAUUGAGUAUUUCACCAAAACAAGGACAGAAAUCAGUAAAUACUAAAUUGGAUGGUAGUUUUAUGCUUAUAACCAUUAAUGGUAUCAAUCUUGGGACAACAACCACAACAACAUCAAUCAAGAUUGGGACGGAAACAUGUGUCUUGGGAAGAACAGGAACAAUUGUUACACCAACCCAAAUUAUAUGUUGGAAACCAAUCAGUACUGUAUCAGGACCAGCCAAAGUUGUUGUUAAAGUGAACGGUAUCGAUUCUAUUGAUGAGGUGUACUACCGACAGAAUGGUCUGUCAUGCUUUGGACAACCAGAGGCAGAUGGAUCAAACUCACCAGUCGACUGGUUCUUUAUCAAGAAAUUCACACACACCAAAGUAAGCGGUUUCAACACCAACAAGGCAUACAUGUACACUGAUUCAUCGGUCAAAGACAAAACAAUGGAAUUUAAAACUGACUUGGAAUUUGUAAACGGACCAUUAUCAUUAACCUAUCACCAAUGGUUGCAAGAUACACAAUACGGUUACAUGUUUUUUAAUGAUCAGACUGAUGGACCAACUAGUGCAUCUUCUGAUUAUGGACAUGUUAAAGGAAUGCUGUUUUGGGAGUUUUCUCCAGAUGGUAGUCGUUUAGAAUCGGGUAUACAUAUAAUGCAUUCACAACCACACUUUCCAGUUUUCGUUGAUGUACGUGGCACUCCAACCAAGCCAGCACACACCACCUAUGCUACAUCGGAGCAACCAUUCUCUGCAGAUACCUUGUGGGCUGGAGACAGCAGUACUAUGGGACAACAUUUCUUUUGUUACAAACUCGAUGCUGCAGGUGUUGACAGAGUAGCCGAAUACUUUAUUAAAAACCACGCCUUUCCCGUUGGUCGACCAAGUAUUUUUGGAGCACCUCUCGUCACACCCCUCUACCAUGGAGCAUACCUCACAACCACCACAUGGCUCAAAGAAUUAAUUAUCCUUACAACUCCUGCUCCAGCAAGAAAUGCAAAUUAUGGUCUUGCAAAAAUGGAUGAAUUUGCUGAUAUUUGUCAAAAUAAUAUUAAUCAAGUUGAUUUAGGUAAUAUUUGUUAUUGGGUAGUUAAUGCAGUUGUUCCUGGGUUUGGUACAGCUCAUUAUUUUGAAAAGACAAAUGUGAUUACAAGUCCUGCACCUGUUGCAGUGACAUUUGGUAUUCCUGUCGACCCAGCACGUGUACCUCCAUUUUUUGGCGGACCAGGAGAAUCAAGAUUAAUUGUUGCUAAUAGACCGAGACCACUUGCUGCCGUAAGGACUCCAGAAAAGUUGGUUCAAGAUGGUCUCGAUGCCUGGGAGGUAAUGGUCAAUUACUACAAAAGAAGUUUCUUUGUAUCAACUUGGCUUAAAGGUCCACCAACUCUUUUCCCAGUACCCGGUAUUUAUAAUGUUCAUGUAACUCAAAUUCCUUUACCAACUGAUACAUUGGGAAAGAGAGGAUAUGCAUAUUUUAGAAAUAACGAUCAUUCCAAACUUGCAUUCAACUUGGAACCAAAGAUUGGAGCAGGUGCACUGAACCAAGGUGAAAAUAUGUUUUGUUUUGGUGAUACUAAUCGUCACUUGAAUCAACCAAAAAGAGGUGGUGGUAUGUUGUGUAUUCAAUCACCUGAACUUGUUUAUCAAUUCAAUCGUUUUGUUUCCAGAUAUGGAUCAGUCGUAUGUAUUCAUUAUUUAAAUUAA